AUGCUCGUCAAGAUCUGCGGCUUGCAGUCUGUUGAAGCUGCUCAAACAGCGCUGGAUCGCGGCGCAGACCUGCUGGGAGUCAUAUGCGUCCCCAACAGGAAACGCACCGUCACGCCAGCAACAGCAAAACAAAUCUCACAACUGGUUCACCAGGGCAAUCAUUCCCAAGGGAAUCACCAGGCCAGGCUUGUCGGGGUGUUCCGGAACCAGCCUCUGGAAGAAGUGCUCGCCCUGUACCACGAAUACAACCUAGACGUUAUCCAGCUUCACGGCAACGAAGAUGUGGUCCAAUGGAGAAAAUGGAUCCCCAAGGACAUCACGUUGAUCAAGGCGUUCCAGUUCCCUGGCGACUGCGACGUGGUGACAUCGCCAGCGGUCGCACAGCUCCAGCUGGAAAACGUGCUGGUGCUGUUCGACUCGGGCGAAGGUGGCACGGGCCAGCAGCUCGACUGGAACGGCAUGGCCAGCUGGUGUCAGAACCAAGGUAAUACCACCCGCUUCAUACUCGCGGGAGGACUCACCCCAGAUAACGUGCGCCACGCCAUCACAAGCCUCGCGCCCCAUGCCAUCGGAGUCGACGUCAGCGGAGGUGUCGAGACUAACGGCCAGAAGGACAUGGCCAAGAUCGCUGCCUUCAUAUCACAGGCGAGGGGUCUAUCUAUCUAA